AUGGCGAAUGAUCAAAAGGCACUACCAGCAUCAUCGAACUCGGGUCCAUAUCAAUGCCCUCACUGCGACAGGUCCUACGAUCGCCAAGAUUAUCUCGCUCGUCAUCUUGACUCACAUAGCAAUAAGCGCAGCUUCCGAUGCCAGGUCUGUAAUCGUGGUUUUAAUCGCCGCGAUGUUUUGCUUCGACAUCAAACGCUCCACAGAACUCUUUCGGCAGAUGAUGAAAUGAUCAUCAAGCGGCGCAAGGACCGUCUACCUGGAGCCUCAAAUGAAUCUGGGUCAAAGUCUGAUGAACAAGAACGGGGCUCGAAGGAUCAGCAGCAAAAUUUGCCCCCCUCCCAGGUUCACCUGUCCGAGGUGUCGGAGCUGCUGCCCGAGACUGCGACAUAUGCUGACCCAGACGCCGAAAUAUCGAACGAGAGACAAUAUUGUUCUCAUGGUGUACCAAUAACCCUGCCGCUCGACCCGCAAAGCGAAAUCGUUUCUACCGCGCGAGCAAAUCCGCUCUCGAAAACGACAGACCUUAACAAUCCAAAUUCAUCAGUGGAUCUACCUGUUGGUGAUCCUUUCUUCAUCGAUAAACAGAAUUCAUUCACGGAACUAUCCUUUCAUACCAGUCCCAAUGGAUGUCCGGCAUUCUUCGAGCAUGUCAUGCUCCUCAACCUUGAUCGCGUCGAUCCUACUCAUGAUUAUCAGCUACCCUCUAAUACAUUCGAUCUUCUCCCCGACGCUGAUUUCGAGUUCUCACACAAUGCCAUUUUUGAAGAGAACUUUAUUCCAGACUUGGAAGCCGUUGUAGAGAAUAAUUUCUUGAUGCACACACAAGAACGUCGAAACCAUCAAGAACAGGAAUACCCCGACUCUACCAAGAGGAGGGUAGAUUCAUUCCAGCGUUCAUUCUGGCAUCUUCUCCAAGACAAUAUGCCAAUUAGUUUGAACGAUGAUGAUCCAUCGAUAGGAGAUCGAGGCCUCGAAGCCCCUGUUGUAUCCCCUCACCUCAUUCCUAAUAAUCUCACCGUCCACGAAAAGCUCUCAUCGCGAUCACGGGAUGAGAUUUUCCGACUCAUUGUCAAGACCGGGGACGACCGCUUAUCGAUACCAGAGAUCCCAGCCGUUGAACAUCUCGACAUUCUCAUCAAGAUAGGUCUAGCAAGGAAGCUGGACGUUAAUCCGUGGAUUCAUCUUUAUACUUGUUACCACGAUCGUCCAAGACCAGAAUUUCUCGCAGCUCUAGUGGUAAUGGGAUGUAUCUCUUGUUUUGCCCCUACGAUAAACAAGACAGGGAUUGUGUUACAGGACAUUGUCCGAUUGGCAUUACGCAAUCUGGCUGAAGCAGACCCCGAUGUUACUCGGGAUCUUCAGUAUUUGCAAGCAUCAAUGGUCUGGUUAGAAAUUGGCUUCUCAUGUGGGUUUAGGCGGAAUAUGCGGAUGACCGAAGGUGGCAUCCAAGCUUUGGGCAUAGCUCUGCGUCGAGUGGGUGCCUUUGACUCAUCAUGGUACAAGCCCAUCAAUCCGUGUGGGAUUUUCGAUGACUGUUCGGAUGAUCUGGAUCAUGCGUGGAAGCAAUGGGUCAGACAAGAAUCAUUCAAGAGAUUGGUGUACCACUUCUUCUGCCAUGAUUUAGAGGUGGCGGCAGCCAUGAAUCAGCCACCGACAACAUCUUUCGCGGAACUUACUCUGCUUAUACCAGCGGCGCGAGAUCUAUGGCUGGCGCCAACGGCCAGAGCCUGGAAGGAUAUAUGGACGGCCAAAUAUCAGCAAACGGGACCAGACAUAAGCCUUAGAGACCUGCUUUCAGACCCUAUGCUAUUCAAGGAUAUGUCCAUGCAUUUGGACAGCAGAGUGGCAACUUCAGUCUUACUACAUGGGCUCAUUGGCAAGAUCUGGGACUUAAUGCAGCAGAUGUUACUCGGUCAUCGCGGGGCAUCAAAACAGCCGGCCCGUAAACUAUUACUCUUUCAGACUAUAAAGGAUGAUCUCUACACUGAUAUUCAGCAAAUCCAGGGUGCUCUUGCAGAUUCACCGCCCGUAACCGUCUUGGUGGCCGACUUCGCCAGUAUGUAUCUUCACAUCGACAUAGACAGCUUGCAACGUUUUGCUGGCAAGCUUGGUGAAGAAGAGGCUAGACAAAGCUAUCCGGAUCUUCGUAAUUGGAGUAUGACACAUGAUGCUCGCAUUGCAGUCUGGUAUGCUGGUCAAGUUCUGCGUGCUGUGCAUGAAGUCGGUCCUUACCAGUUACGAGGGUUUGAUAUUUUCGCCAUCUAUUACGCAUCUUUAACCCUCUAUGUCUAUGGUCUGCUCCUCUAUGCCGAUAACGCGUCCACAGAAGCUGUCCAGUCUUGGAACAUAGAUGAUGCAUCUACUAUACUCCUGGACGGCGCCAGUAGCCAGGCCACGGAGUUAUUCAUUGCACAUGGUCGCGGUAACCCCGGGCUCACAUAUUUAGCUGGUACCGGCGCUAAUGUGCGGAAGACAUUUUGUAGUCUUCGACAGCCUCGCCUGGUUAUGCGGGUUGCUUUGCAAGUCCUUAAUGGUAACUUCUCAAAAUUCUCGUCAGCCAAUCCAGCCAAAAACCCCAUUCCACCCCUAGUUGUCAAUCUCCGUGGUCUGCUUCAUGACUUGGCAAACCUGCCAUGA